AUGGAGCAGGGCGGAAUGAAUUUUGAUGAAAUUUUGUUGAAGGUUGGAGAAUUUGGUCGGUACCAGAUCUACAUUUAUAAUAUUCUUUGUCUCUUCAUGUUUGUCCCACCUUGGCAUACUCUCGCUAUUUACUUUCUCUCAGGCACAGCUGAACAUUGGUGCAAGAUACCAGAGUGGGAUUCAGUGGACUGCGAGAAUCUUGGGUUCAAUUCCACCAGGGAAUGCAUCUUCGCGAAAAGAGAAGUCGGUAUCCCUUCCAAUCUUUCUUCCAACGGUGGUGUGGUCUUCGACCAGUGUCAUCGGUAUGACGUCGGUGACACUGCUUUCAAUUCCUCUCUCAGAUAUGGAGAUGAUACCAUCAUCCCUUGUGAUGCUGGGUGGGAAUAUGAUGUAGAUUAUUCAACGUCCACUAUCGAUUUAGAAUUCGACCUCGUAUGUGGUGCCAGCUACCUCCCUUCUGUAUCACAAUCUCUAUUUUUUGCUGGUGGUGCCGUGGGUUCGGUCGUAGUAGGCUUUGUUGCUGACAGAAUAGGACGCAAGCCGACAACCUUUAUCUGUCUAGCCAUAGCUUCUACUUCUGGUGUGAUCAUGGCUUUCUCCGUUAACAUCUGGAUGUUCUUGAUUUUCCGCACUUUGACCGGUGCUUUCAUAUUUGGAGUUUCAACAGUAUCAUAUGUAUUCGCAAAUGAGUUCGUGGGUCCCUCUAAACGGAAUGUAUCUGGUGGAUUCGCCUGGGUUUAUUUUUCGUGUGGAUACAUGUGUCUAGCUCUCUUGGCUUACUUCAUUAGAAAGUGGCGUCACCUUCAGCUCGUAAUAUCGAUUGCACCCCUCUCUUUAUUCGCAUUUUAUAUGUUUCUACCAGAGUCGGUACGCUGGUUGUUAUCACAGGAUCGUACUGACGAGGCUGCUGAAAUUAUCAGUAAAAUUUCACACGUCAACAGAGUUUCUGAUCCUUUAGCAGGAAGGAGUGACUUGAAUAGUUCUGAUCGUAAGAGUAAACCGGAGGAAAUAGAACAAAAAUUCACAGAUCUUUUACGAUUGCCACUUCUACGAAAAUAUUUCUUCAAUGUCAUGUUCAACUGGAUUGUGAACACUAUUGUCUACUAUGGUCUAUCACUCAGCACCAACACACUUGGAGUUAACAUUUAUAUAGCUUUCGCUAUCGCUGGUGCAGUGGAGAUUCCGGGAAAUUUGGUAGUGAUCUAUCCCAUAAAAUAUUUUGGACGACGUCCCUCAUAUGUGUUCUUCAUGCUUGUAGGAGGGGUAGCCUGCCUAGCCACCAUCUUUAUUCCACUAGGACCUUGGAGAAUAACAGCGGCUAUGGUAGGAAAGUUCGCUAUCACAGCUUCUUUCAACAUCAUCUUCUUGCUUGCCUGUGAAAUAUUUCCAACACCUGUCAGGAAUUCAGCGCUUGGUAUUUGCCGGCUUGGAUCCAAUGUCUCCAGUAUUCUCUGUCCUAUCAUCCUGCUUCUUGAUAAUAUAUGGAAGCCUUUACCCCUAACCGUCUUCGGAACGAUGACUCUUCUGGCUGGAGGACUCGCUAUUCAUCUCCCCGAAACCCAAGGCAAGAAACUCCCCGAAACUCUAGAAGAAGGAGAAAAUAUAGGAUGGAAAGCACAACCAAGAAAUGGUUUCCAAAGGGCGCCACCUGUUGCAUUUUCGGAGCUCAAACAAGACUUGGAAGAUUCAAGUGAAUAAAAAACGAUUGUGAAUUAAGUUUCAAAGAGACCGCCAAUCUAGAAAAUAUGAUAAAAUGGCAACCAUUAAUGUUUACACAGUUCGGAGGUCGGGUAUCAAGUGUGCUUUCAGUCAAACCCUCAUACGCACAAAUCGUGUUGUUUAAAGGUCCAGUCCACCUCAGAAAAAUGUUGAUAUGAAUUAAUAGAGAAAAAUCAGG